UACAAAACACACGACCGAUUCCAAAAAGUUAAAAAUCGUAUUGUUUCAAUAAUUGGGGCACUUUAAGAAUAUGCUUCGCCGCAUAUUCAGUAGCGCAUUGCUGCGCACCACAACAACAUGCCAUUUUCCGGCGGCAAGCAUGUCUCAGUACGGACCACAAUUUGUGGACCCGGUGUUUAAGAAGGAACGUCUCACGGCCCUUGAGGAAAGUGGAGAGAUUUCCAAAAUUGCCCACGUGCCCAUCAAGGCAGCCCGAAACCAUGAUUCCUGUUCGGUGUUUCACGAUGACUUGGUUAGCAAGUUUAUAAAUUAUGUAAUGAAGAAGGGCGAGAAAGCGCUAGCUAGGGAGAUAGUGGAGAAGGGCUUUGAAAAUAUCAAGCGACUGCAGUUGGAACGAUACCAUUUGGCGGAAAGUGAGGAGGAAAAGGCCAAGAUUGAAUUGAGUCCUCGUGCGCUUUUGAGGCAGGCAGUGGAAAAUUCUCGCCCGUUGCUGCAGCUAACACCCAUCAAGCGAGGUGGUGUCCGGUAUCAGGUGCCGGUUCCAAUAACCGAGCACCGAUCGUACUUUUUGGCGAUGAAGUGGCUACUGGAAGCGAUCAGGGAGAAGGAACGUAAGGUGCAUUUCCCGGAGAAGAUGGCCUGGGAGGUGUUGGAUGCUGCAGCCAACCAGGGAAAGGUCAUUAAGCGGAAACAGGAACUGCACCGGCAGUGUGAGGCGAACCGAGCUUAUGCUCACUACCGAUGGAGUUAGAAAGUGUGGAGGUAAUUGAUAGGAGUGUUUGAAAUGAAAUACAGUGUGGAUAGAUCAUCUAUAA